UAUAUAUCAAAAAAUGUGUGGCAUCUGCUGCGUGCUGAAUUUUUCCCCCUCAAAGCUGUUUGAGACAGGUGUGGCUGAAAAUUUGAAAAGACGAGGACCCAAUUCAAGUCGGGAAAUUAAGAAAACGGUGACACACCUGAGCUACGAGUGCCUUUUCUCAGCCCAUGUCCUUCAUAUGAGGGGUCAUCUCACCCCACAGCCGCUGGAAGAUGCAAAUGGAAAUGUUUUCCUCUGGAAUGGCGAGGUGUUCGGUGGUCUGGAUGUGGGCUGCCAGGAAAACGACACUCGGUGUCUAUUUCAGCAUCUCUCCACACAGGACAGCCCUGAACAUGUUCUGUCUGUCAUGUCCUGCAUUCGAGGUCCCUGGGCUUUUAUUUACUACCAGGCAGCUAAGCACUGGCUCUGGUUCGGCAGAGACUUCUUUGGUCGGCGUAGUUUGCUGUGGCGAUGUGGUGCUGAGAAGAAAUCGCUGGCUUUAACGUCAGUAGCCACCUAUCUACCAGGCACAGAUCACCCGCAAUGGCAGGAACUGCCAGCACUUGGGGUUUACAGACUUGAUCUGGAGGCAUGUUUUCAUCUGGAUUUUCUGAAACUGGAAUUGUACCCAUGGCUUCAUCCAGGUGAUGCUCCACCACUUAUAAAUCAGUUUAGUGAGGAGAAUCUUUCCAGCUGUAUGUCUGUAGUAAUGAAUGGUUCUGGGCUUUGUCUGACGACUCCCGUUUGUCCCCUGAACAAAACUAUUGCUAGGACUGUCCAAGAGACAGCACACACCUUUGGCUCACAGCCAUCUGUUGAAGAUUUGGAUUUACUGCUGAAGUGUGAUCACAAGAAGAAACUGGCUAACCGAUUCCUAGAUGUUCUGAGCAAUGCAGUGCAGAAACGUGUGCAGUGUCUUCCAUGCGACAUCCCUUCACUGCAACCACACAAGGAGGAAGCUGACAUUGCGAUUCUUUUCUCUGGUGGGAUUGACUCCAUGAUUCUAGCAGCAUUAGCAGAUAGUCAUGUUCCCCUUGGAAAGCCAAUAGACCUUCUAAAUGUAGCCUUCAAACUGCAAGAUCCAAAGAGGCAGAAAGAAUCAAAAAAGAUGCAUAAGAAGAAAACUGGUUCCAUCAACAGUUGUCCAGAAGAGUCCCUUGAAUUAAGCAGAUUUGAUGUACCUGACAGAAUAACUGGCAGAGCUGGCUUACAGGAGUUGAAAGUGUUAAACCCAGAGCGAAAGUGGAACUUUGUUGAAAUCAAUGUCACCCAAGAAGAGCUUCAUGAUAUGAGACAAAAACACAUUUGCCAUUUGGUACAUCCUUUGGACACUGUGUUAGAUGACAGCAUUGGCUGUGCGGUGUGGUUUGCUGCCCGGGGAGUUGGCCUGGUACAAGAUGGCACAGAGCGCAGUCCGUUCACCUCACCUGCAAAGGUGGUUCUGACAGGUAUUGGGGCAGAUGAGCAACUGGCGGGGUACUCCCGACAUAGAGUCCGCUACAGAACCUCUGGGAUUGAGGGUCUGGUCCAGGAGUUAGGCAUGGAACUGGAAAGGAUUUCCUCCCGAAACCUUGGCAGGGAUGACAGAGUCAUCACAGACCAUGGGAAAGAAGCCAGGUUCCCUUAUCUAGAUGAAGAGGUGGUCAGUUUCCUGAACAGCAUACCAGUCUGGGAGAAGGCCGAGCUCUCCUUGCCACGGGGGCUGGGGGAGAAGCUACUGCUGCGGUUGGCUGCCCGAGAGCUGGGCCUGGGACCCUCGGCUAUGCUGCCCAAGAGAGCCAUGCAGUUCGGCUCCAGGAUUGCCAAGCUUGAGAACCAUCAGGAAAAGGCCUCCGACAAGUGCAGCAGGCUGUACAUGGCAUAAUCCACACUUAGACAUGUACGCCCUUUCCAAUAAACCCUUUUUUUAUUAU